CAAAGGCACGCCAGGUGACAUGGGCGUGGCAGGUGCUCCAGGUGUGCAGGGCCCUGCCGGACCUACAGGUGAGAAGGGAGACACAGGUGAGCGGGGACCGGUAGGUGAGAAGGGCACACCUGGCGUCGGCACACCUGAGUCGACCCUCGUGGCGUUUUCCGUGGCGCGAACCACAGACCUGACGGCGUCGAACUCAUCCGGCACCGUGGUGACGUAUGAUGACGUCCUUAGCAACGUGGGCGGGGCUUACGACAUGGCAACGGGAAAGUUCGUUACUAGAGCGGGAGGGAUGUACUACUUCGUGUUCACCGGCAUGACGAAGGUUCAGUACCGCCUCGAGCUGAAGAAGAAUGGAGAAAUCAUGGUCUCCAUGUACGAGUCGUAUCCAGGCGAGCGUCAGUCCAGCAGUAACAGCGCCAUCCUGCAGCUGGAGACCGGCGACCAGGUGUGGGUGGAGCUGCAGAUGGGCGAGUACACGCUGCUUAGUAACGACAACCGGUACCUCACGUUUUCCGGAUUCCUCAUCAACCCAGCUUAACCGGUACCUCACGUUUUCCGGAUUCCUCAUCA